GUCAUGUUUGUCAAACCAAAGAGUGACAUUUGAUGGGAACGAAAUGUCUAAAUUUUCCCGUAUCCAGAUGCAAGCAUGAUAUAGAGAGUGACCAGAAGAGAGGUGUGCACGAGUAGUUUCUUUGCCUGUCCACGAUGCCUAAGAUAGAGCAUUUCCGCUUUGACACAACCUACUAUCCAGUGGCUGUGGUCAGCUGUUCUGCCUUCCUAUCUCUGUACAAGUAUGUCAGCCCAGCCAUCUCGAGCAGACUGUGCCCAGGCUACACUCUGUUACCCCCAGCUAAGCAGAUCGACUGGAACACGAGAGUUCAGUCCAGUGUCCAUGCCAUGAUCGUCAGCUUCAUGUGUGCCUACUCCUUUGUCUAUGACACUGAGAUUGCGGAUGAUCCCAUAUGGUGUGACGCUCCCCUUGUGAGGACAAGCUGUGCAAUUGUUGUGGGAUACAUGGCAUCGGACUUGAUUAUUAUGACGAUUCACUACAAAAAAGUUGGGGAAAUAUUUUAUUUAUUCCACCAUGGAGCUUCUGUGUAUGCUUACUACUACGUGAUGACCUAUGGUGUUUUACCUUAUUUUGCUAAUUAUCGUCUCCUGGCUGAAUUUUCCACACCAUUCGUCAAUCAGAGGUGGUUUCUGGAUGCUUUGAGUUACUCCAAGUUCGACCCUGUUUUCAUGGUGAAUGGUAUAGCCAUGACGGCCACGUUUUUCAUGGUGCGCAUUGUGUCUAUGCCGCGCUAUUGGCACAAGGUGUACUCUGUGUACGGCACGGAGCCAUUCCUGCGCCUAGGACACAUCCGUUUCGUCCUGGUGAUAACCUGUCUGGUCCUGGAUCUCAUUAACCUCUUCUGGUUUUACAAAAUGUGCAAGGGCGUGCGGAAAGUGUUGUACGAACGCAUGGACAAAAACAGAAACAUCGCAGCAAAAAUUCAUACAAGAGGAAAAUACAGUGAACGCAUAACCUCAAAACGGACUCACCUGGACCAUUGACGCUUUGUUUACCUGUUUACCUUUGUUUAUCAUUCUGGUGUAGACUUAUCCUGCUAAAGACAUAUCCUGAUGUAGACAUAUCCUGGGAUAGACAUAUUCUGGUAUAGACAUAUCCUGAGAUAGACAUAUGCUGGUGUAGACAUAUUCUGGGAUAGACGUAUGCUAGGAUGACAUGCUGGUAUAGACAUAUUCUGGUGUAGACUGAGAUAGACAUACAUGUUUUCUGAGAUGAACAUAUUUUAGGAUAGACAUAUUCUGGGAUAAACAUUAUAAAUGUAAAGUGGUACUGGAUUAGUCAAAAAAUGAAUCUGUCUGGUUACUAUUUUAACCUAUCUAACAAUGAUUUCUGAAAAAAAAUGGUAAAUGUUUAGAUUAGUGAACAAAUGGUGAAAGCUAUGUCCACAGAAUACAGGCUUUAUGAGUUGGACAUGUCAUACUUUGGUAACAUUUCAGACCUCUGUUGUGCACUGAUUGUGUUUAUUCACACCAGGUAUACAGGUAAUGUUCUUUCUGCAGCAGCAGGAUGUAUUCAGGGGGAUUGUUAUGCUGGUGGGAUCACAGGUUUUGUUUUUCCAAAGGUCAUAUCAACAAUUGUCUAGAUCUCCUCGUCAAACCAAGUGUAAGCAGCCUAAAUACUAAAUAUGGCCAAAAGGUCACAUCAGCAGUUGUCUAGAUCUCCUAGUCAAACCAAGUGUAAGCAGCCUAAAUACUAAAUAUGGCCAAAAGGUCACAUCAACAAUUGUCUAGAUCUCCUAGUCAAACCAAGUGUAAGCAGCCUAAAUACUAAAUAUGGCCAAAAGGUCACAUCAGCAGUUGUCUAGAUCUCCUAGACAAACCAAGUGUAAGCAGCCUAAAUACUAAAUAUGGCCAAAAGGUCACAUCAACAGUUGUCUAGAUCUCCUAGUCAAACCAAGUGUAAGCAGCCUAAGUACUAAAUAUGGCCAAACGGUCACAUCAGCAGUUGUCUAGAUCUCAUAGUCAAACCAAGUGUAAGCAGCGUAAAUAUUAAAUAUGGCCAAAAGGUCACAUCAACAAUUGUCUAGAUCUCCUAGUCAAACCAAGUGUAAGCAGCCUAAAUACUAAAUAUGGCCAAAAGGUCACAUCAACAAUUGUCUAGAUCUCCUAGUCAAACCAAGUGUAAGCAGCCUAAAUACUAAAUAUGGCCAAAUGGUCACAUCAGCAGUUGUCUAGAUCUCAUAGUCAAACCAAGUGUAAGCAGCCUAAAUAUUAAAUAUGGCUAAAAGGUCACAUCUGCAGUUGUCUAGAUCUCCUAGUCAAACCAGGCAUAAGCAGCCUAAAUGCUAAAUAUGGCCAAAGGAAAAAAUAUGGUCUGUUUGCGAGUUGUGCAAUGUACACGUGAUAUGGGUUACUGUUACCUUCAUAAUGUUGAAGGCAUGCUUGAAUCAGACUUGUCAAAAGUGGCCUAUUAAUAGCAAAGAAACAUGCCAUCUGGUUAGGGUCUGUUUAUGCUUUAUUAAAGGUAAACUUUGUCUAUUACCCCAGAUCUGUAUGAAACCUUUUCCUCAGAAGACGUGUUAAACCUGAAACACAAACACACGUGAAGCUGUUUUUGCUAUUAAAAUAGCAUGUUGAAAGCUUUUACCAAAACUUGUAUGAAUCCGUGUUAGUUGGACCUUUUCCCCCCAAAGACAGUGCAUUACAUCGCUGCUUUGUAUACUUAAUUGCCUGUACUUGUGUUCUGUUAGCGCCUGAAAUUUGUUGAAUGUGUGAUAAGGGAAGCUGUGUGAUUGUUGGAUGGGGUGUGUGUGUAUGGAGGUGACCAUGUGUUAACACUGUUGCUAUGAUCUGUACAGUUUCCAUUUAUGGGAAUUUGGAGUGAGCACAGGCACUUGCUCACCACCUGACUGCUCACCAUGAUGCUCACCAAAGUAUUCAGUAGGAUGAUGCACCAGGGUGCUGGACUGUGUGUGAGAUGCUUUAAAAUCGACCUGAUCAACAUCUCUGUCAUGAGCAAUUACAACAAAUAUAUUUCAUUGGGAAUAAGACAUUUCUUUUUUGUAAAAUAAAGCCUAAGUUUAGUUAAAACCUUUCCAACUCACACAAAAAUCAAUAUAAUUAUUUUUCUGCAAACUAGUUUAGGCUGUUUCCGUGCUUGGGUUUACCACGGUUGGCUCAUUUGAAGAUCUGCUGAAAAUUUUUAAAAGCAUACAGAUUUACCACUGGCUGACUACAAAACCUAGAUUCUGUGUUGAAGUUCACCAUAAAGUUCACAAUAGCUAUAAUUAACGUAGGUCUGUCUAUAAGGUAUUCCUGGAGCUUAGCCUAAAGUUGCCUGUCUCCCACAUUAGACCAGUCAGUGUUGAUUCAGUUUGUGUUCAGUUAUCAGCACGAUAAUGCACUGGAGGCUUAACAUUUUAUACUAGUCAAUUUAAUAAAAUGGUUCAAAGUUUCACAUUUUUCUGUCACAAAUCAGGCGUAAAUUACUUUUUGGUCAUGUUUAACGCUUUUUGUGAAACCAUUUACUUAAGGUUAUCUCUAUUACUAUUUUAAACUUACAAAUGAAGUCAUUUUGGGAUAUUGGUGUGUAUUUGUGCAAGUUAAAUCAAAUAUUAAUGGCGUUUACAGUGUUAAUGACAUGUCAUGGCAUUACUGUACAUUGAUAGCAAUACCAGUAUGUUUUCACUUCUGUUGUGGUAUUUGUACUUCUGAAUGUUUAUACACUUAUGUCUGGACAUUUGUGGUACAUGUAUAUGAAUUAUUUCUGUCCUUAGCUAUUCUGUGUCAAUAUUUUUAAGUCUUAAGUAAAUCAUUUGGUCGAUUGAUGAGAACAGAUAUGUCUUGCUAUAGCUAGCCUACAAGUUUGCUUUUUAAACUGUGUCUUAUAAACUGUAUAUAAAGGCAUCCAUCACUGGUACUUACAUAUGCACAUUCCGUAUAUAUUCUCACAAAAUGAAAAAAACAAAUUGGUUUCUGUUUCAGUCUUUUGAAAUUAGGUUCUUUUAGGAUGUCAGAUUUUCAUUGUUAUUGUAUAACAUUUAUUGUCUGUCAAACAGAUGGCUUCGUCUUUAGACGGAGAUCAGCUUUCGGGUUUUGCUUAGGAUUAGGGAUUUAAGGGCUCACCAGGCAUAGUCCUGAUUAAUGUGGCCUGAGUAGGUGAUGUCAUUGCCUUGUAUUAUCAGAGCUAUUUAAGAUGGGGAUGUAUUAUGAGGCUGAGAGUUUAUACAUGUUUAUGAAAAUUUGAUAUUGAUUUGAUGAUUUUUGUAAGAUUUGGUUACCAGUAUUAUGACAUUGUUGUGUUUAGAGAGUAAUAGUUUUGGUUAUUGGAUUGACAUUCUUGGUUCAGUGUUGAAACUGGCAAUCUUGGUUGCUGGGACUUGUGUUCUAAGUUAUUGGGACUGCCAUCCUGGGUUGUUGCAACAGGCAAUCUUUGCAAAGGUAUUCUUGAAUUUGACCCCAUUUUUUUAGCUACUCCUGUACAGUACAUUUUAAGUUUACUGUUAUUUGAGGCUCCCAAGGAUCUUGUGCAUAGUGUAUGUGGACUUGAGGAAAAAAGGAACACACAACAUUUCAAAUCACAAAACAUGAUGUUUGCAGGAUUUCAUUCAGCUGCUUUGUGCAAUAAAUGUACUGUUUGGGUUCGAA